CCCGCCCGUUCACCUAUAGGACUUCCGUCCGGGGCUUGGGGAGCGGAAGUGCCUCCGUCAAUGCUGCUGUGUCAUAACAUUGCCCAAGAUAAGAGUUCCUUUUCACUAACUCCAUUGCGGUCAUUUGGGGCGGUUCACGAGGGAAGGUGGCAGAUGGAGUCGGUCUAUGGCAUCUUGCAUCGCGUCAUUUGUUCAUUGCUCUCACCGCUUCUAGGUAACAUAGUCCGCGUAACGUCUGCACUUUCUCACAAACACCGCAGUAUACAUCUCUGCACCUCUUUUUAACCUCUUUCUGUACUCAUUAUCCUCAUCGACCAUAGCCUCUAGACGAGUUUAGCUUAUCUUCCUUUGUGGAGAUCCAGAUGCAGAUGAAGAAGUUGUUGCAAAACUGUGCGUGCACCUAUCGUUCCAUCAUUCCUCCUAACGCUAUCAAGACGCACAGGAAGCUGGCUGCCCAAAGCAGGUCGUCUCCGAACCAUCGUCUCGCACUCAACAAAAGAGAAGUGAAAAUGUCAUUACCUAGCUGUUUUGUGGCGGACUACGUGGACGCUGCCAAGUUACCCCAUCCUCUCCCACGCCCUCCAACUACCGUAGACAAAACGUUCGACGACGUCAUGAAGCUGCUUCGCGCUGGCAAGGACAAAGAAGCGAAACAGAUAGUCCGGACGCAGCACUGGUCAAUAGACUAUCCUAGACGUGGUGAACUGUGGACCAGUCUGAGUAUGUACCAUGCCCGGCCACGUCCAGGAGAUAUGGACUACGCAUCGCUUGUGAGCGACACCUUGGGUAGCUUGGGUUGGCCGUCUAACAUCCCGGCCUUCGCGGAUCCCAUCUUCUGCGAGGACUAUCUACUGAAUGCCGAGGGGCAACGCCGCGUCGAACGACUUGUCUACGUGAUCUCCAGUAGCCACCCAUUCAUCACAUACUGCCCACUCCUACACCCGCUAGCCACUCUUUUCCUGCACUACGUCACCGAAGACCGGACGUACGACUGCCUGUGCGCUCUCAUCGAAGGCACGACAGUGCGUCACCUGAGCCAGACCCAGUUGAUGUACGACACGUCCGCCUACGCCCUUAUGCAGCUCACUAAGCGACUCUGCCGCAAGACAUACGGUUGUCUCUUGGCCAAAGUUGGCAAAGAAGAUGAACUGGAGAAGCUCUUCCGCACGUGGCUACUAUGGAUCUUCCGUGGCCUUCCUUUCUAUCAUCUUGUUCGUGCGGUCGACUGCUUCCUCCUUGAGGGAGUCCGGGCAUUCUACAGGGUGGCGAUGGCCAUUCUAUCUCUCUUUAUACAUGAUCACGCAAACGAAUUUCACAGAGAUAGCAUAUUCACACGUUUUAUGCCAGGACGGAGGAGAGCCCGUGCACUAGCAGAUCCGGGCGUUGUGUUGGAGAGAAUUGUGUUAUACGCUCGCAACAUGCACGCUGAUGUGGAACACCUAUUGAAGGCAGCAUAUGGCAUCCAGGGCUUCAGCACCAAGGUACUCAACAAACACUUGAUGAAAGCUGAGACGUUCGUACGCAGCCGGAGUAUACCAUGCAGGUCACGAUCCUCUUCCACUAUUGGCCUCCCUGAACAAAGAAGUUGGCCUGCUACGCGAUUCCUGCAAGGGCCUAAACAGGAGAGAUACAACAAACUCAGGACGUUAUCGUUGGGCAUAUUACCCAUGGCCGACUUUACAUCCGAUGUUCUGGAGCCCGAACACAUGGUAUUUCUAUGGACCUGGCUUCCUCCUCGUAUUUCAAUACUGCAGCCCCAGCUUAUUUACUCCACAAAUGAGCAUGGCAGCAGCCUCACCAACUUCUACGCUCUGGUAGAAACAUGGGAACCUACCGUUCUUACCAUCUUCACCACAGAAGGCGAGCGUUUCGGUGCAUACUGUUCAACUGCAUGGCAGGAACGGAAACAGACCUACUUCGGAACGGGCGAGACGUUCUUGUUCACCUUUGUCCCAGAAGCCCGUUGCUUUCCAUGGGUUGGAGCAGCAUCGGCCACUGACGUGCCCCAUACAUCCAAACUUUUCCUCUCGGGCAAUCAGAACAGGAUACAGGUCGGAGCCGGGAAUGGGCUUGGGCUUUAUGUCGACAGUGACUUAACGAAUGGUCGCACGGAGCAUUGCGACACUUUCGACAACUACCCGCUGGCCCCUUCUGAAGACUUCGUCAUACGCGUCCUCGAGGUGUUUGGUUUCUCCUGAACUCUGCUAAUCUGCCGGGAACCAACCAAGCACCGCAUGGCUCUGAUAACCAGUCUCUCGUUUAUUCGCCCUGCGGAAACACCGUAGCAUGAAAUGUAAUAUUUGUAUCGUUAACAUGGGGUCAAUGGCUCAGUACCCAGUACAAUAAAUACGAUGUUUAGUUACCGAUCAAUA